AUGACUGUCCGUCCCCCUACAUCUCAGUCCUCAGACGAAGAGCACAUUGAGAUGGAGGACAAUGGCAUAUCGAGGAACUCCUCGAGGCAGAGGUUUCUCCGGCCUCGAGCGCAGGCUGCCCGUAGACGCCUCGCCGGUCUGGCCUCUCACACCCUGGGGUUGAUCCUUCUCCUCUGCGUCGUCUUCCUAUGGACCAUGUCCAAUUUUCUCGGUAGUAGCAUAUUUGCUGACAAUACAUAUGCCAAACCCUUCUUUCUUACCUACCUCAACACGUCCACCUUCAUACUGGCCAUGAUCCCGACACUCCUCCGGACCGCAUAUAAACGGCACAGAGACCGUGGGGAUUUGUACGAUACGAUCCGGGCGCGCGUGUUGCGGGCAGUUGGGAGGAAAGGCUAUAGACAACUGUCGAAUAUUGACAGUGCACAAGACCCAGAAGAAGAAGGGCAAAAUUCAGAGUGCGAGACAUUCAUUCAGAAGCCAAGUAGGAAUCAUUCCACCGCGGGCACUCAUCACCAUGGACAUCACAACGUGGAAGAAGAGGGCAAACAUCUAGGAAUCAUCCCCACGGCUAGGCUGGCUUUCGCCUUUUGCAUUCUCUGGUUCAGCGCCAAUUACUUUGCCAUGGCGUGUUUGAAGUACACCACGGUCGCAUCCACCACGAUUCUGACAUCGACCUCGAGUUUCUGGACGCUUUUCAUUGGGGCGUUGACGGGGACGGAGAAAUUCACGUGGCGGAAACUGUGUGGUGUCCUGGCGUCCUUCGCGGGCAUCAUCUUGAUCUCUACUGUUGACUUUUCGGCCAAGACUGACGGCGGUGUAUCUGGCUCCUCACCGCAGCUACGCGGCGAGGGGGGAUCGAUCUCCAAGCGGGUCGACACGUUUCCGGAUAAACCGCCCUCCGAACUCGCCUUGGGGGAUGCCUUUGCAUUAUUGUCCGCCAUCAUCUACGGCGUGUACACCAUCACCUUGAAGAAGACGACCAUCAAAGCCCUGCCGCGGUCGCUCAACAUGCCUCUUUUCUUCGGCCUGGUCGGCGCCUGCAAUCUCGUCCUGCUCUUCCCGCUCUUUCCCAUCUUGCACUAUACAGGUCUGGAACCGUUUUCUUUCCCUCCCUCAAGGAGAAUCUGGACGAUCCUGCUCAUCAACAGCUGCGCGAGCUUUUGCUCGGACCUGUGCUGGGCAUACGCGAUGGUCCUGACAUCCCCUCUGCUGGUGACGGUGGGGCUGAGCCUGACGAUCCCGCUUUCUUUGGUCGGCGAAAUGGUCCUCCAGGGACACUACGAGGGCUGGGUAUAUUGGGUCGGAGCCGCGAUUGUAGUCGGCAGCUUUUUAUUCAUCGAUCAGGAGGAGAAGAAAGAGGAGGUCUUUCACGACGGCGGCUCUCGUGUUGAGGCGCAGAACGAAGAGGAUGAGGCAGUGGGUGAGGCAUUCUCUACCCAUGCUGCUGCUGCAGGGAACGACUACGACGAUUACGGCAUCGACGGGCAUGGGUAUGAGCGUAGGCAUGCAUCCUAG